AUGGAUGUAAAUAAUUAUAAAGAACUACCAGAAUCGAUAAUUAAUAAAGAUGAAAAUAAUCAUAAAGGACCAUCAGAACUGUGGAUUGAUAUAGAUGAAAUUAAUUAUAAAGAACAAACAGAAUUGAAUAAGAAGAAUUCGAAGAAUUCCAAACGUCAAUUUACUAAUUAUAAUGCUAAAAAAGAGCAAUCAGAAAACGAACUUCAGCAAUUAUCAAUCAUCAGUAUGUGUACGACAUCAACUCUUGCAAUAGAGCUAAUAUAA